GGGCGGGGCGUCGGCGCUCGCCCGCGGUGAAGCAGGAGCUGCCGCCAUUUUGGUUUCGCUGCCUCGGCUCCGAGCAGAGCCGAAGCGGCGGCGGCUCGGGCCGGCUCCCGCCCUGGCCCCCGUCCGCGCGCGGGCGGCCGGGAGGAUGCAGCGCGGAGGAGUCUGACGUCCUUGCUGUGCGGCGGCUGGUUCGCGCGGCGCAGAGGAGAUGGACGCUGGAGCUCGCCCGGGCGGCGGCGGCGGCGCUCCGGGGCAGUCCCGCGAAUACAAGCUGGUGAUGCUGGGCGCCGGCGGCGUCGGCAAGAGCGCCAUGACCAUGCAGUUUAUCAGUCACCGAUUUCCAGAGGAUCACGAUCCCACAAUUGAGGACGCUUAUAAAAUACGAAUACGCAUUGAUGAUGAACCUGCAAAUCUGGAUAUCUUGGACACUGCAGGACAGGCAGAGUUCACAGCCAUGAGAGACCAGUACAUGAGGGCUGGCGAGGGUUUUAUCAUCUGUUACUCAAUCACAGACCGACGCAGUUUCCAUGAAGUGCGUGAGUUCAAACAGCUUAUUUAUCGUGUUCGGCGCACUGAUGACACUCCUGUGGUCCUAGUGGGAAAUAAAUCUGAUCUGACACAGCUGCGGCAGGUCUCCAAAGAAGAAGGCUCUGCUUUAGCACGAGAAUUCAACUGCCCUUUUUUUGAAACUUCAGCUGCAUACCGUUACUAUAUUGAUGAUGUAUUUCAUGCUCUUGUGCGAGAAAUCCGUAGGAAAGAAAAAGAAGCAGUAAUGGCAAUGGAAAAAAAAUCCAAACCUAAAAGCAGCGUGUGGAAAAGACUAAAGUCACCAUUUAGAAGGAAGAAGGAUUCAGUCACUUGAACAGAGAGAGUUCUUCUGCAAAAUGAAACAAAAUCUGUGAACAGCCAUUUGUAACCAAAGCGGUUGAGGGACAACGUUUUGGCAGGAUGUUUUAAAUCUGAUGGGACUUUUAUCAGGGAUGGCAUAAUAUCUACCAAUUACUUCUGUUUAAAAUGAUAUUCCCUUAAUUUUGGAUCUUUUAACUCAUGACAUAGCAAUGAUUUUACUUUUAUUUGUUGCUGGUUUUUGACUGGAUCCAACAAAUGUUACUCACAUGUUGUUGGUUACAAAUGCUGAUAGAUUUGUGUCCCUGCACUUUUGAAUGUUUGUCUUUGGUCACUGCAUACUGGAAGUUGAAUUGUUUAAAAUAGUGUUGAACUCCUUCCCAGGGUAACUUAAUUCAUUUUUUUCCCUAGUUGUUUACACAACAAAAUUUUGCUGCUUUUUGGAACAGUAACCCACAUCACAAGAGACGGCUUGUCGAGGUCAUGCUGAAAAGUAGUUUACAAAAUGUGUGUCGUGACUAACAGCCUUAGGUCACGUGUAGAUGUCAGUGUAGAAUUCUUGCGUUCUCAUUGAAUAGAAUUUUUCCAACAAAAAGUAAGUAAUGUAGAAUACACAAGUUUAAUGCAAUGUGGAAUAUACAAGUUUAUCUAAAAUUAUCAAUGUUAAUGCAGUCUUGUAGUUGGGCUUCUAAACAAGUCAGAAAAAGUAAGUUAUGGUUCCUAUAGCAGCUAUAGCUUGGCAACAGUGCAUAAAUACAUAGUGUUUUCCUAUUGUAUAUAGCAUUUAUUUUGUUGCCAUAGCAUGUGUGAUAUAAUGACGCUGUAGGUGUGCUAGAAACUACAGCUUUGAAUUUUCUGACUUGCUUGUUAAAAUCAUAGUUGUAAUGGUGUGGUGGCUUAUUUAUUUACGUUAAAUUUUACAUUAUUUUCUUAAGGGAGCCAGUAUCAUUGUUAGGUAGAAAUCUCUAACAUAGUCAUUUCAAAUUACUCUGGUGACUACUUUGUAAAGAAGAUGACUGAAACUGAGUAUUGCAGGUAUUUGGCCCCAGAGUUAAUAUCCCUAGUUCUGGUAAGAUUCUUUCAGUAGUCAUAAGAGUAGAAUUGAUGAUCCAGCAGAGGGAAACAAUUAGCUGGCCGCAGUGACAGUCCUGACAGAUAUUCACAUCUCUGACCUUACAUAUGUAUAUAGUUCAGUCAGUGCAUGUAGAGAUUUUUCUUUAUGCUCAGUAAAUAAUGGUUUGGUUAAGAAAAUGUUUUUGAGACAGACCCUCCAUGUGUAGCAGAUCUUUUCUGCUUUGAGAUGAUACAUUAGCUCUAGAAUUUAAAUCCAGAGCUGGUGUCCAAAUGCAAAAAGAUCACCUGACAGAGAGGUGUUCUUUUUGAUUUUAUUUUUUAAUAAUACAACGAAUCAUAGUUAGGCAACUCAGACAUGGUUAAAACAACCAAAAUUAAGUGCCUAGAACCUUCCAGAUUAGGAACGAAAGAGCUUAAUUGACUCUAAAAGUAGUAUAGCUUGUGUUAUUCUUUGAUCAUCCGUGUCAGUGAUUAUGCUAAUCUCAUUGAUCAGAAAUAAAAUCUGUAAUGUCAGUCUUAGCAUGCUGCAUAUGAUAGUGCAGUCAAAGUUCAAAAUGAAGCUACUUAAGUUCAUGUGUAAAAGUAUCGAGUAGAAGAAGCAAGGAUAGCAAAUGUAUAAACUGUUAGGCUUUCUUGCUAAACUCUGUAGUACUUAGAAUGCCACUGGAAAUCCUAAGCCCAGUGGUCUAAGAAUAUUUUCUUUGUGUAAGAUUAAAAACAUUUUAUAGCAAGAAAUUUGGAGGGGGAGGUAUAUUCUUUAUGUUACGUUUGUGCCUGAACUAAACAUUGAAAUUGGUUUCUGUUUCUCGCUUCCAAAGCUCCAGUGUUAUGCUGCACUAGUAAUAAUUUCACAAAUGCUAAUUGAAAAAGAGGUUAAGAAUAAUUUGGAAUGUUUAGAAUGUAAGACCUCUUUUAAAAGUAACUGUGUGAGCAGGUGUGCACAUCUGUUCAGUAGUUACUAGUUUAGAACUUAAAGCUCUACUAGUCAUUCAUUGUUGGAUUAAGUGCUGUCUAUAACUCUUAGAUAAAAACCCUAGGAAAACUAUCUAACAGAAAUUCUGAGCAGAAAGAGGGGACAACAACUAAUAUGCUGCUCUAAAAGCAGUGGCUGAUCAUGUCGUUAUACUGGAAACGUUAAACAGAGGCCCGAUUAUGAUGACAAGUUUUCCCCACGCUUUUCCUUGAUACAUUAUUUUAACAUACUAUGUUAGUCAAUUACCUUCAUUUGAAGUUUUCAGAUAAUAAGAAAAGAUAACCUGCCAGCAGUACCAGAAGCUGUAUGGGACUAAUAUUUAUUUUCACCUUUAAAUAACUGGUAUCUGUGCCUUAUAUUAUUCCUUCAAUGCAAUUAAGUGUUUACUGAUGCCCUUUGUGAGCCUGUUGCUUACAGAAUUUUUAAAUCAGAACAGCAGCAAGCACUUUUUUUUUUUACACGGUGUUAUUCAAGAAGAGUUUUAUUUUUGUCAUAUAUAAAUUUGUAUGCAGAAUUAUUGUUUUAUUUGACACAAUAUAGAAUUUUUAAUACAGCUAUUUGCAUUUGAUGUUUUAAUCCUUGGUGCCUAGCAUGAUGGGUAGAAAGCCUUUCAGCCUGAGAGCACCAAAAAAGGACACUUCAUGGUAUGUUUGCAGUUUAUUCUGGAAAAUGCUUAUCUUGCUAACUGGAUGCUCCAAAAAGGAGUUGAUAAUUCAGAUUAAAUUUUAGCAGUGCAAAGCUUAAAAAUCUA